AUGUCCCGAAGACUGCGACCUAGACGAGAGAAAGAGAGAGAGAAGAGUUGCGAGAGCAAAAAUCACGAGAGCCAUGUUAUGAGGGGGACAAACGUCGAAUCUGUGGAUAUGUUACUACAUUAUUCGACUAAUCCUGUGGAUAUUCAAAUUGACGGUUGGUCAUGCGGAGAAUCGCCAAAUGUUUUUUUCCUGGCUUCUCAAAUCACGAUCACUACAAUAAUACUGUACUAUUUUAGGAUGGAGAAGAGGGAAGUGGGAAGGGGGGCUGGGGGGGGGUUAUGGAACUGGAACACCUGGGGGGUUCUACAUUAA